AUGUCCCACAGCCGGAGGAACGCGUACAACCGGACCACCAGCAGCGGCAGCAGCAGGAUGAGCUCUGACGGGGGCGGCCGGCCGGCCCGGGUGGGGUCGGUGGUGGAGGUGAUCGGCAAGGGGCAGCGCGGCACGGUGGCCUACAUCGGCACCACCCUGUUCGCCUCGGGGAAGUGGGUGGGGGUGAUCCUGGACGAGGCCAAGGGCAAGAACGACGGCACCGUGCAGAGCAAGCGCUACUUCACCUGCACCGAGAACCACGGCAUCUUCGUCAGGCAGUCCCAGAUCCAGCUGAUAGAUGAUGGGGCCGACACGACAUCUCCGGAGACACCUGAGCCCUCCACCGCCAAGGUCCUCAAGAGAGAAAGCACGGACACGACCAAAUCGACUAAACUGCGAGGAGUGAAGCUGAAAAAGGUGCAGCAUGCCUUAAUACAUAGUACCCCUGCACCGAGGAAGACUACGGUCAGAAGAACUAAGCCGCCGAGCCGUGCGGCGGCGGCGGGCGCGGCGGGGGCUAAGGGGGGUCCGUCGGGGUCGGCCUCGGCCUCGGCCGGGGAGAUGAGCAGCAGCGAGCCCAGCACCCCCGCCCAGACCCCCCUGGCCGCGCCCCUCAUCCCCACCCUGCUCUCCCCCGGAGCCCUGCCCCCCCCGGGACCCACCAAGGAGGAGGAGUCUCUGCGGGGGCAGGUCAAGGACCUGCAGGAGAAGCUGGAGACGCUGAUGAUGAAGCGGGCGGAGGACAAGGCCAAGCUGAAGGAGCUGGAGAAGCACAAGAUCCAGCUGGAGCAGCUGCAGGAGUGGAGGAGCAAGAUGCAGGAGCAGCAGGCCGAGCUCCAGAGGCAGCUCAAGGACGCCAAGAAGGAGGCCAAGGAGGCGCAGGAGGCCAAGGAGCGCUACGUGGAGGAGAUGGCGGACACGGCGGACGCCAUCGAGAUGGCCACGCUGGACAAGGAGAUGGCGGAGGAGCGCGCCGAGUCCCUGCAGAUGGAGGCCGACUCCCUGAAGGAGAAGACGGACGAGCUGUCCAUGGACCUGGAGCUCCUCAAGCACGAGAUCGAGGAGAAAGGCUCCGACGGAGCGGCUUCCAGCUACCACGUCAAACAGCUGGAGGAGCAAAAUGGCCGACUGAAAGAAGCACUGGUCAGGAUGCGGGACCUGUCUGCGUCGGAGAAGCAGGAGCAUGUGAAGAUGCAGAAGCAGGUGGAGAGGAAGAGCGGGGAGCUGGAGGUGCUGCGCGGCCAGAAGGAGAAGCUCCAGGAGGAGGUGAAGGGCGCCGACAAGACCGUGGACGAGCUCAAGGAGCAGGUGGAUGCCGCUCUGGGGGCGGAGGAGAUGGUGGAGACCCUGACGGAGCGGAACCUGGACCUGGAGGAGAAGGUCCGCGAGCUGAGGGAGACUGUGGUGGACCUGGAGGCGAUCAACGAGAUGAACGACGAGCUGCAGGAGAACGCGCGGGAGACAGAGCUAGAGCUGCGGGAGAUGCUGGACCUGGGCGGCGCCCGCGUGCGCGAGGCGGAGAAGAGGGUGGAGGCGGCCCAGGAGACGGUCGCCGACUACCAGCAGACCAUCCAGAAGUACCGCGAGCUCACGGCACACCUGCAGGAAGUGAACCGGGAGCUGACCAGCCAACAGGAAGCGUCCGCAGAGCUCCAGCAGGAUCCGCCCGCCGAGCUCUUCGACUUCAAGAUCAAAUUCGCGGAAACCAAGGCCUACGCAAAGGCCAUCGAGAUGGAGCUGAGGAAGAUGGAGGUGUCCCAGGCCAGCCGGCAGGUGUCUCUGCUCACCGCCUUCAUGCCCGAGUCCUUCCUGCGGCACGGCGGCGACCACGACUGCAUCCUGGUGCUGCUGCUCAUCCCCAGGCUCACCUGCAAGGCUGAGCUGGUGGGCAGACAGGCUCUGGAGAAGUUUGACCUGAACGAGGGCAGCCUGGGGCGGACGGGGCUGAGGGGCGCCGUGGGGGAGCAGCUGAGCUUCGCCGCGGGCCUGGUCUACUCUCUGGGCCUGCUGCAGGCCACGCUACACAAGUACCAACAGGCUCUGGGCCAGUGCAGUGUGGAGGUCUACAAGAGGAUCGGCUCUCUGUACCAGGAGAUGAGCGUUCACGAGCGCUCCCUGGACUUCCUGAUCGACCUGCUGCACAAAGACCAGCUGGACGAGACGGUCAACGUGGAGGCACUGACCCGCGCCAUCAAAUACUACCAGCACCUGUACAGCAUCCAUCUGGCGGACCAGAGUGAGGACUGCAGCGUGCAGCUCGCCGACCACAUCAAGUUCACCCAGAGCGCUCUGGACUGCAUGGCGGUGGAGGUGGGCCGUCUGCGGGCCUUCCUGCACGCGGGCCAGGAGAAGACGGACCUGGCCGGCCUGCUGCGCGACCUGGAGACGUCCUGCAGCGACGUGCGCCAGUUCUGCAAGAAGAUCCGCCGCCGCAUGCCGGGCACCGAGGCCCCGGGGAUCCCCGCCGCGCUCUGCUUCGGGCCGCAGGUGUCGGACACGCUGUCGGACUGCAGGAAGCACCUGACCUGGGUGGUGGCGGUGCUGCAGGAGGUGGCGGCGGCGGGCGCCCAGAUGAUCGCCCCCCUCGGGGAGCAGGAGGGGCUGGCCGCCGUCAAGAUGGAGGACGUGGCCUUCAAGGCUGGGGAGCAGAUCUACGGCACCCAGGGGGCCAGUCCCUACGACUACCUGCGGCAGUCCUGCGGCAUUGUCAUAGCAACCAUGAACAAGAUGGCCACCGCCAUGCAGGAAGGGGAGUUCGACUCGGAGAAACCCCAGAGUCAGAUCCCCCCGCCGGUGGAGCUGCGUGCGGCCGCACUCCGGGCUGAGAUCACAGACGCAGAGGGUCUGGGUCUGAAGCUGGAGGACCGGGAGACCAGCAUCAAGGAGCUGAAGAAGUCCCUGAAGAUCAAGGGGGAGGAGCUGAGCGAGGCCAGCGUGCGUCUCAGCCUGCUGGAGAAGAAGCUGGACAGCUCGUCUAAAGACGCAGACGAACGCGUGGAGAAGAUCCAGACCCGGCUGGACGACACCCAGACCCUCCUCAAGAAGAAGGAGAAGGAUUUCGAGGAGACCAUGGACGCCCUGCAGGCCGACAUCGACCAGCUGGAGGCGGAGAAGGCGGAGCUGAAGCUGAGGAUCAGCAGCCAAUCGAAGGAGGGCCAGCGGGGGACCUCCCCCUCGGGGAUCGCCUCGCUGGUGGCGGGGGCGGCAGGAGGGGGCAUGGUGCUGGGCGUGCCCGGGGGGGCGGGGCUCCAGGUGAUGGACUCCCCCCUGCUGAGCCAGCAGAUCCACGCCCAGCGGCUCUGCAUCAAGCAGCUGAAGAACGACAACAACAGGCUCAAGGCCGAGAGGAUGCGGGCCCAGCUGGCCUCCCUCCCCCCCCUGCGCCUGGCCCGUCUCCCCCCCAGGGACGGGGGCCAGCCUGAGGUGGUGUCCAGCGCGCUGUACCGCAAGACGGACCAGCUGCUGGAGACCCUGCUGCAGAUGAGCGCCAACGUCAAGGUGGUGGACAUCACCGGGCGGUCCCCAGUGACCCCUAGUGGCCAGCUGCUGGAACAGACGGCCAGACUGCAGGCCCUCAGCGACACACUGGACAGACUGAAGGACGAGGUAGCCGACCAUGUGGUGAGGCAGCAGCCGGGAGCUCAGGCCUCCUCAGACUUCGCUACCUUCCCCUCCACCUCCUACGUCAAGGCGCGGGACCGGCAGGGCGACACGGUGCUGGUGGGCCGGGUCACGGUCCCGUGCCCCCGCGGCCACGAGCAGGUCCACCGCCUGGUCCUGUCCCAGUCCCAGCUCCACAAGGUCCACAGUCUGCUGAAGACCUAGGCCCCGCCCCCGCUCCUGGC